GCUUUUCACACCAUGUUCGACCCAAAGCAGCCUACCGACGACUCUUCGAAAAGUGAGACCACUCCCGCUACGACCAAAUCAGCGCUCGCAACAACAGUAAAACCGCUGCUACCAUUCGUGAUUGGAGGUGGAUCUGGAAUCGUCGCGACAACGUGUACACAGCCCAUCGAUUUGGUCAAAACCAGGCUCCAGCUUUUAGGUGAAGGAGCAACAGGCAAAGGACAAUCCCCUCUGGCAGUCGCAAGGAAAGUCGUUGCUGAAGAUGGUCUUUUCAGCUUGUAUAAUGGCAUAUCUGCGGCGUGGCUGCGUCAAGCUUCAUACGCCACCUUACGACUGGGUUUCUUCGACAAAUUUCUAGCAUACGCGACGACCAGAGCUGAAGGUCAAGGCAGAAAGGUCGGGUUUGGGGAUCGGACUGCUGCGUCUUUGAGUGCAGGAGGCUUAGCUGCCGCGCUUGCUAAUCCAGCAGAGGUUGCUCUGAUCCGUCUACAGUCCGAUGGGAUGAAAGCGCGCGAACAGAGAGCCAAUUAUCGAUCGGUGGUGGAUGCUCUUGUGAGGAUCACAAGGAGCGAGGGGAUCACUGCACUGUGGUCAGGCUCUUAUCCAACCAUACUUCGAGCCAUGGCGACCAAUUUUGGCUAGUUGGCUUUCUUCUCCGAGUCGAAGCACCAGUUGAAACAGCAUAGCUCAAUGUCCGAUCGAGGUAUCACCAUCGCCGCUUCUGGAGUUGCCGCUUUCUUCGCCUCGUUCUUUGGCUUGCCAUUCGACUUCCUGAAGACUCGACUGCAGAGAGGUGGCUCGCAGUACAACGGCAUGCUCGACUGUGCCAUGCAGGCGUAUAGAAAGGAGGGUCCUCUUCGCUUUUAUCGCGGCUUCGGGACUUAUCUAUUCAGAAUUGCACCCCACACCAUCAUCACUUUGAUAGUCGCCGACAGCGUGACAGCUUCUCUGAAGAGGACUGGAGUUUUGUAGCAAUAAGGGGAGGGGGGUGCAUGUAAGGAGUGCUUGGAUUGUGCGAGAUUGUUACUGUGUAUGUUAACCGUAAGCGAUCGCCCAGAAUGACUUGUGAACAGGACAAGAGCAUCGGAUCAGCCGUCAGAGAAAAGUCAUAUCAUGAGUGGUAGCCUGUUGAGACGAUGGUGGCCCGGGCGGUGCUGGUGGUGGUAGACUUGAUUGUGCUUAUGUGUGCAAGGAGGAGGU